AUGGAAUCAAGAACCAAUUACUCUCAUGAUAUGGAGAAAUCCAUUACUACUGGAAUCAACAUGCAUCUAUCCGGAGAGCAAGCUUACAAUUGCAUGGCCUCCAUAUGCAUGAGUGAUAACGUCUCCAUGCCUUACUUUAGCGAGUUUCUGCGCCUCUGUGGCGUGCGUAUGCGUCAGACCGCUGAAAGUCUUAUCGAGUACCAGGCGAUCCGAGGUGGACAAUGGCAACUGCCAGAGAGUAUGAAACCACUUGUCUCUGUGCCCAUUAUGAGCCAUAACGAGAAGGAUAUCAACGGCUUGAUCUGUCAUCUGAUAGAGCUCGGUCUGGAGAUGGAGCGCAAGACGGAGCAGUACCUUCGUGAUCUCUGUCAAGUGGCUACUGGCAAGCAGGACAUCGAAACUGUCGGUUACAUUCAAAAAAGUCUGCUCAGGCGGCAACGCUUCAUCAUUAAAGUCAUGGUUACGCACCAAACUGGACUCAACCUUAGCCAAAAUGCCUGGCUAUACUGCAACAUGGUAAUACGCCCGUUCUUGAAUCAGGUCAAGGAAUGCAUGCGAACCAACAGCCACCAUUUUAGUUCACACUCCUCGACCCAAAUGGUUAGAAACACGACCAACUCUCAAUCAAGUUCCGAUAGAGAUAACAAAAGCAUGGAUUCAGAAAACUCGAUAGAGCGUCUUUUCCUCCAGAGUUUUAGCAACUGA